AUGCGGCUCUUGUUAUGCCUGGCGUGUUUGGGCCUGGCCCAAGCCGAUUUGUUCACCGCCAUAGCCGACUUGCAAACGAUGUUGGGCGCCGAGAAAAAUAUUGUGCCCGUCGUCAAGGAGUACAUCGCCGCCGAGCAGGAACGCUUGGAUCAUCUUAAAAAAUUCGCCGAGGAAUACGUGACCCGGAAUUCGGAGGCCCAAGAAACCGGACCGGAAUUCGUGACCAACCCCAUCAACGCCUUCCUCCUCAUCAAGAGGUUGACGUCUGAGUGGAGACAGGUGGAAGACACGAUGCGCAACAACAACGCCGACCGCUUCAUCAAGAACAUCACGGCCAGGAGGGAGGGCAAUGAGUUAAGUGCCGCUAACUUUGAUCGAUUUUUCGCUUUGCUACCUCUUUUGAAUAACCUUUUGAAAUGUGCAGUUCCAACUGUGUGUUUUCAGGUGAAAUUCCCGGGAGAGGAAGAUCUGUCUGGGGCGGCGAUUGCGCUCUUGAGGCUCCAGGACGUGUACAAGCUCGAGACGCACGACCUGGCCAACGGGUACAUUCGCGGCGAGAAGGUCGGCCAUCGGCUGAAUGCGCACGACAUUUUCGAGGUCGGUCGCGCCGCCUACAACGCCAAAGAUUACUACCACUGCCUGAUGUGGAUGCAGGAGGCGCUGAACAGGCUAGAAAACGAGCAUCCGCCUUCAAUCGCCGAGGCCGAGAUCCUGGAAUACUUGGCGUAUUCGCUAUACCAACAAGGCAACGUCAGACGGGCUCUUUCGAUGACGAAGCGGCUAUUCGCCAUCGCUCCCCAUCAUCCUCGGGCCAGAGGAAACAUCAAAUGGUAUGAGGAUAAGCUGGAUGGCAAGGAAAAAGAAGGAGAAUUGCCUGCCGUUGUCAACAAACGCGUCGAAUGGGACGGAAUUCCGGAACGUGACGCCUACGAAGCCCUGUGCCGCGGCGAAGAAACCCCCCUCACCCCCACACAAAUACGGAAACUCUACUGUUACUUGAAGAUGGACCGCCCGUUCCUCCGGUUGGCCCCGAUCAAAGUCGAAAUUAUUCGGCACGACCCGCUGGCCGUCCUCUUCAAGGGGGUCAUCCACGACAGCGAGAUUGCCGUCAUUCAGGAGCUCGCCAAGCCGAAGCUGAAACGCGCCACCGUCCAAAACGCCAUCACCGGUGAGCUCGAGCAUGCGUCGUACCGCAUCUCCAAAAGCGCCUGGCUCAAGGAGCACGAGCACGAGGUGGUCGCCCGCGUCAACCGAAGAAUCGGCGACAUGACCAACUUGAACCAGGACACAUCGGAAGACCUGCAGAUCGCCAACUACGGCCUGGGCGGGCACUACGAUCCUCAUUACGACUUCGCUAGGAAAGAGGAGAAGAACGCCUUCAAGUCGCUCGGCACGGGCAACCGCAUCGCCACCGUGUUGUUCUACAUGUCGCAACCCGAACUCGGCGGCGCCACCGUCUUCAACAAGUUGGGCAACGCCCUCUUCCCCAGCGUCCACGAUGCGCUUUUCUGGUACAACCUGAAGCGCAACGGUGACGGCGAUCUACGCACCCGACACGCCGCCUGCCCCGUGCUGCUCGGCGUCAAAUGGGUGUCAAACAAGUGGAUCCACGAGCGCGGCCAGGAGUUCACACGCCCCUGCGGACUUGAUGAGAACGUUUACGAGCACUUUGUCGGAGAUCUGAGGCCACGACACGAAAAGCAC